AUGGGUCUGGCGAGUGGCUCGGACGGAGCGAGGGCGACGUCCCCGGUGUCGGUGUCGUCGUCGUCAUCGUCGUCAUCGUCGUCGUCGUCACCGGCGAUUGCCCGCUCUCCGGCGCCGACGGCUUCGGCCAAGGCGCGGAGAUUGCAGCUCUUGGCCCAGUGGUCGAUGCGUGAGGCAAGCCUGGACUCGCCAUCCAAGGUGGCACGGAGCAGCCCGCUGACGAUGCAGGCGCUGGCGCUCAACUCGCCGACGAUGCACCGUGAGGCAGCUGAUGCGGCGGCAGCGGCCAUGCGGGUGAAGCAAAAGUGGGCGUCGGAGCGGGCGCGGGCGUCUGCUCUCGCCGCCGAGCUGGAGGAGUCGCGGGCACGUGAGGCGCAGCUGCGUGCGAUGCUCGCAGGAGAGGGUGAGGCCGGAAGCCGCGACGCGCUGCUGAAGCGCGCGCGGGCGACCGAGGACGAGCUGAACCGACAGCGGCGAAAGCGCGAGCGCAGACGCGAGCAUGGGCGUCAACGUGAGCGUGAUAGUGAGCCUGGAAUAGGGCAGGGCUCGAGCCUGACGUCCAGCGACGCCAAGGUCGAGGGCGUGCGGCUGCGGCAAGAGAACGCCCGUCUGCGGCGCGAGGUGGCAGAACUCAGCUCGCGCGAGGCGGAGCGCAGCGAGCUCAUUGAGCACGCCGAAGAGAGUGCAGGGAAGCUUGUUGCCGCGAACCUGGAGAUUGCCGGGCUCAAGCGCGAACUGCGUGAAUCGCAGCGGAUGCUAGCCGAGGAGCGACAGCACACGCGCGAUGCGGUGGCUGCCGCCGAAGCCGCUGAGGCGUCGGUGAGCAGGCUGUCGGAUGCUUUAGUCAAGGCGCGGAGCGAGGUGGCAGAGGCGCACGCAGCGGCGCAAGCGCGGAUUGCGGCGAUGGCGAGCGCGAUGGAGCGGCAGGCAAGCUCGAGUGCGUCGCUAGCGCAGGCUGAAGCUGGGCAGCUGGCGGUACGAAUCCGCGAGGUCGAGGCAGGUGCGCAACUGGCGCAGGUACAGGCGUUCGAGACGAUUGAAGCCCAGGUGGGCGUCAUUGCCAAGCUCCGCACGCGAGUGAUGGAGCUGGAAGACGUUGUGCAGGCUCGGCGUGGCGCCGAGUGGCUGAAGGCCAAGCUCGAGGGGCUUGUGGACGACGUCAAGGCAGGCGAUGUCAGGGAGGGAGGCAGCAGCAGCAUUUGCCAUAGGUGCACGGCAGCGGCGACCGAGAUCGAGAGCCUUCGCGCACGGAACCGCGAUGUGCGGAUGCAGUUGCGUGCCAGAGAGGAGCAUGUCGAGCAGCUGGAGCUGGAGCUGGAGGAGCUGACGGAGGAUCAAAAGGGGCUUGAAAAGCGCAUCGAGGUCCUGCGCGGCAAGUUACAGGAAGCCCAUCGGGCGGCGGCGGCGCAAGAUGCGUGGCGCGAGAGCGAGGCGCUUCAGGCCCAACUCGAGAUGCGCGAGCAGGAGCUUGCACAGGCCGAGCAGUCGAGGGCGCGGCUGGAGUCCAAGACGACGAUGCAGGACGAAGUCAUCAGCAAGCUCCGUGCCGAGAUGGAAGAUAAGUUUGGGCUCGAGUCUCGUGUCGACAUGCUGAUGGCCGAGGCCGAGCAGCGGGCAAGGGUCGUGAGCUCGUUGCGCGCGGCGGUGGACGAGCGGUUUGGGCUCGAGGCCGAGCUCCAGGUUGCGCAUGAGGCGCAGGUGGCACUCGAGUCGGAGAUGCGGGCUCUGAGGGCGAGAUGCGCAAGUCUAGAGGCCGAUGCGCAGCGAGUGGCGGUGCUCGAGGCCGAGGUUGCGCACGUGGGUGAGCUCGAGGCUGACGUGGCAAGCGCAGAGACAGCGCAGCAGCAGACACUGGCGGCGCUUGCCGAGGUGCAGUCUGCGCUGGCAGCGGCCGAGGACCAAGUUUUGCAGGUAGGCCAGGUUGAAGCCGAGCUGGAGAAGGCCAAGGUUGAGCUUGGGGAGGCCAAGGCCGAUGCCAAGCGUGCUAUUGUACAACUUGAGGCGGCCGAGGCUCAGCUUGCCGAUGCUAAGGCCGAUGCUGAGCGUGUGGCCGAGCUGAAGGCUGAACUAGAUGUGGCAAAGGCCAAGGCCGAGGCCGAUGCUGGGCGCGUGAUCGAGCUGGAGGCUCAGCUGGCUGUGGCCAUGACUGAUGUCAAAGUUAGAGCCGAGCACGCCGCCGAGUGGGAGGCAGAGCUGGAUAGCGCCAAGGCUGAGCUUGUUGACGCUAAGGCUAAUGCCGAGCAGCGACAGUUGGAAGCUCUGGAAAUGAGCAGCAAGAUCCAAGUCCAGAGCUCUGUCAUCGACGCGCUGCGCGAGCAAUCAAAGAACAACUCAUCUGUCGAGGACGAGUUGGUCUCUGCACGCGCUGAGCUACUCGCCAAACAAGCGAGAUUUGAGGCCGAUCUCGAGGCAGCCCGCGCCGAGAUCGCGGCUCUUCAGUCAGUCGUCGAGGCCAAGACCACGCUCGAUACCGAACUCGAGGCUGCCCGCGCCGAGAUCGAGACCCUGCAGUCAGCUGUUGACGCCAAGGCCACGCUCGAGACCGAUCUCGAUGCUGCUGUCGAGGCCAAGGCCACGCUCGAGACUGAUCUCGAGGCUGCCCGCACCGAGAUCGAGACCCUGCAGUCAGCUGUCGAGGCCAAGGCCACGCUCGAGACCGAUCUCGAGGCUGCCCACGCCGAGAUCGAGACCCUGCAGUCAGCUGUCGAGGCCAAGGCCACACUCGAGACCGAACUCGAGGCUGCUGUCGAGGCCAAGGCCACGCUCGAGACUGAUCUCGAGGCUGCCCGCACCGAGAUCGAAACCCUGCAGUCAGCUGUUGACGCCAAGGCCACGCUCGAGGCAGAGCUUGAGGCUACUGUCGAGGCCAAGGCCUCGCUCGAGGCAGAGCUUGAAGCUACUGCUGACGCUAAGGCUACGCUCGAGGCAGAGCUCGAAGCUACCCACACCGAGAUCGAGACCCUGCAGUCCGCGACUGACGUCAAGGCCACGCUCGAGGCAGAGCUUGAGGCUGCCCGCGCCGAGAGCGAGACCCUGCAGUCAGCUGUUGACGCCAAGGCCACGCUCGAGGCAGAGCUUGAGGCUACUGUCGAGGCCAAGGCCUCGCUCGAGGUAGAGCUUGAAGCUUCUGCUGACGCCAAGGCCACGCUCGAGACCGAACUCGAGGCUGCUGUCGAGGCCAAGGCCACGCUCGAGGCAGAGCUUGAGGCUGCUGUUGAGGCCAAGGCCACGCUCGAGGUAGAGCUUGAAGCUGCUAUCGAGGCCAAGGCCACGCUCGAGGUAGAGCUUGAGGCUGCCCGCGCCGAGAUCGAAACCCUGCAGUCAGCUGUUGACGCCAAGGCCACACUCGAGACCGAUCUCGAGGCUGCUGUCGAGGCCAAGGCCACGCUCGAGGCAGAGCUUGAGGCUGCCCGCGCCGAGAUCGAGACCCUGCAGUCCGUUGCUGCCGAUGCCAAUGCCACGCUCGAGGCAGAGCUUGAAGCUGCUCACGCCGAGAUUGAGACCCUGCAGUCAGCUGCUGACGCUAAGGUCAUGCUCGAGACUGAUCUCGAUGCUGCUGUCGAGGCCAAGGCCACGCUCGAGACUGAUCUCGAGGCUGCUGUCGAGGCCAAGGCCACGCUCGAGGCAGAGCUUGAGGCUGCCCGCGCCGAGAUCGAGACCCUGCAGUCCGUUGCUGUCGAGGCCAAGGCCACGCUCGAGGCAGAACUCGAGGCUGCCCGCGCCGAGAUCGAAACCCUGCAGUCAGCUGUUGACGCCAAUGCCACGCUCGAGGCAGAGCUUGAAGCUGCUGUCGAGGCCAAGGCCACGCUCGAGACCGAACUCGAGGCUGCCCACGCCAAGAUCGAGACCCUGCAGUCAGCUGUCGAGGCCAAGGCCACGCUCGAGACCGAACUCGAGGCUGCUGUCGAGGCCAAGGCCACGCUCGAGGUAGAGCUUGAGGCUGCCCGCGCCGAGAUCGAAACCCUGCAGUCAGCUGUUGACGCCAAUGCCACGCUCGAGGCAGAGCUUGAAGCUGCUGUCGAGGCCAAGGUCACGCUCGAGGCAGAGUUUGAGGCUACUGUCGAGGCCAAGGCCUCGCUCGAGGUUGAGCUUGAAGCUUCUGCUGACGCCAAGGCCACGCUCGAGGCAGAGCUUGAAGCUGCUGUCGAGGCCAAGGCCACACUCGAGACCGAUCUCGAGGCUGCCCGCACCGAGAUCGAGACCCUGCAGUCAGCUGCUGACGCCAAGGCCACGCUCGAGACCGAACUCGAGGCUGCUAUCGAGGCCAAGGCCACGCUCGAGGCAGAGCUUGAGGCUGCCCGCGCCGAGAUCGAGACCCUGCAGUCCGUUGCUGUCGAGGCCAAGGCCACACUCGAGACCGAUCUCGAGGCUGCUCGCGCCGAGAUCGAGACCCUGCAGUCAGCUGCUGACGCUAAGGUCACGCUCGAGACUGAUCUCGAGGCUGCUGUCGAGGCCAAGGCCACGCUCGAGACUGAUCUCGAGGCUGCCCACGCCGAGAUCGAGACCCUGCAGUCAGCUGCUAACGCCAAUGCCACGCUCGAGGCAGAGCUUGAGGCUACUGUCGAGGCCAAGGCCACGCUCGAGACUGAUCUCGAGGCUGCCCGCGCCGAGAUCGAGACCCUGCAGUCCGUUGCUGUCGAGGCCAAGGCCACACUCGAGACCGAUCUCGAGGCUGCCCGCACCGAGAUCGAGACCCUGCAGUCAGCUGCUGACGCCAAGGCCACGCUCGAGGCAGAACUCGAGGCUGCCCGCGCCGAGAUCGAAACCCUGCAGUCAGCUGUUGACGCCAAUGCCACGCUCGAGGCAGAGCUUGAAGCUGCUGUCGAGGCCAAGGUCACGCUCGAGACCGAUCUCGAGGCUGCCCGCACCGAGAUCGAGACCCUGCAGUCAGCUGUCGAGGCCAAGGCCACGCUCGAGACCGAACUCGAGGCUGCUGUCGAGGCCAAGGCCACGCUCGAGGUAGAGCUUGAGGCUGCCCGCGCCGAGAUUGAAACCCUGCAGUCAGCUGUUGACGCCAAGGCCACACUCGAGACCGAUCUCGAGGCUGCUGUCGAGGCCAAGGCCACGCUCGAGGCAGAACUCGAGGCUGCCCGCGCCGAGAUCGAAACCCUGCAGUCAGCUGUUGACGCCAAGGCCACGCUCGAGGCAGAGCUUGAGGCUACUGUCGAGGCCAAGGCCACGCUCGAGACUGAUCUCGAGGCUGCCCGCGCCGAGAUCGAGACCCUGCAGUCCGUUGCUGUCGAGGCCAAGGCCACACUCGAGACCGAUCUCGAGGCUGCCCGCACCGAGAUCGAGACCCUGCAGUCAGCUGCUGACGCCAAGGCCACGCUCGAGGCAGAACUCGAGGCUGCCCGCGCCGAGAUCGAAACCCUGCAGUCAGCUGUUGACGCCAAGGCCACGCUCGAGGCAGAGCUUGAGGCUACUGUCGAGGCCAAGGCCACGCUCGAGGCAGAGCUUGAGGCUGCCCGCGCCGAGAUCGAAACCCUGCAGUCAGCUGUUGACGCCAAGGCCACGCUCGAGGCAGAGCUUGAGGCUACUGUCGAGGCCAAGGCCGCGCUCGAGGCAGAGCUUGAGGCUGCCCGCGCCGAGAUCGAGACCCUGCAGUCCGUUGCUGUCGAGGCCAAGGCCACACUCGAGACCGAUCUCGAGGCUGCCCGCACCGAGAUCGAGACCCUGCAGUCAGCUGCUGACGCCAAGGCCACGCUCGAGGCAGAACUCGAGGCUGCCCGCGCCGAGAUCGAAACCCUGCAGUCAGCUGUUGACGCCAAGGCCACGCUCGAGGCAGAGCUUGAGGCUACUGUCGAGGCCAAGGCCUCGCUCGAGGCAGAGCUUGAAGCUACUGCUGACGCUAAGGCUACGCUCGAGGCAGAGCUCGAAGCUACCCACACCGAGAUCGAGACCCUGCAGUCCGCGACUGACGUCAAGGCCACGCUCGAGGCAGAGCUUGAGGCUGCCCGCGCCGAGAGCGGGACCCUGCAGUCAGCUGUUGACGCCAAGGCCACGCUCGAGGCAGAGCUUGAGGCUACUGCCAAGGCCAAGGCCUCGCUCGAGGUAGAGCUUGAAGCUUCUGCUGACGCCAAGGCCACGCUCGAGGCAGAGCUUGAGGCUGCUGUUGAGGCCAAGGCCACGCUCGAGACCGAACUCGAUGCUGCCCGCGCCAAGAUCGAGACCCUGCAGUCCGUUGCUGCCGAUGCCAAUGCCACGCUCGAGGCAGAGCUUGAGGCUGCCCGCGCCGAGAUCGAGACCCUGCAGUCCGUUGCUGCCGACGCCAAUGCCACGCUCGAGGCAGAGCUUAUGGCUGCUCGCGCCGAGAUUGAGACCCUGCAGUCAGCUGCUGACGCCAAGACCAUGCUCGAGGCAGAGCUUGAGGCUGCUGACCCACUCGGAGGUGAACACUUUCCGCACCGCCGCUGCCGCCUCAGCGACUUCGGCUGCCGCACUCUUGCAGCAGCUCCGCGCCCUCCCGCCGACGCCGCCCGCGCCUGA